UGUGUUUUAAUAUUUGAUGACUAUGAAGAAAAUGACUUUCUAAGUGUCACUAUGCAAUAAACUGAAAAUCCCGUAUGUGAAACUUAUGUAAUUGUGAACAAUGGCACAAAGACAGGAAACUUCUUACUCCUACAUUUCAUUUCAAUAUACUGGAACAAUUUGCUUUGACUAUGUCCGAAAGAACGGAAAUGAUGAUAAAACAUAUUGAGGAAAAGUUAGCAGAAAACCCACAACAAGCAAUCAACAUCGUACCUUAUAUUACAAAAGUUGCCGGCGAUAUAAUACUCGAAACUGCAAUGGGCAUAACUUCGUAUGAAACUCUAUCUGAAUAUUCAAAGGCUUUGAACAGAUAUCUUAACCUCUACUUUGCGCGUGUAAACAACUGGAUUUAUUUGAUGAUAGAUGCACUAGGUCCGAUAUAUGAUUUACUUCCUAUAGCAAGAGAAACUAAAGCAGUUAUUACUUAUAUGCAUAACUUUGCAAAUGAAAUAAUACAAAAAAGAAAACUUAUGCGUAAUAUGCAGGACGACAAAAUUGAAAAUUUACAAAAUGAUUACAAUGCAUCAGACAAGUCGAGAAGGAAAGUAUUUUUAGAUCUUCUGUUAGAGUUGAGAGAUAAUGGCAACACUUCAUUAUCCGAUAAGAAAGUGAGAGCACAAGUCGAUACAUUCUUAUUCGCGGGUCAUGAUACGACGAAAACAUCGAUAUGUUGGGCGCUCUUUUGUAUAGGCAACUAUCUGAAAUAUCAAGAAAAGAUUCACGAAGAACUAGAAGAAGUGUUUAAAGAUUCACAGAAACCAGCGACCGUACAAGAGAUCUCGCAAUUAAAAUAUCUCGACAGGGUCAUAAAAGAGUCGCGCAGAUUAUAUCCAACUAUACCUUAUAUAGUGAGAAAACUGUCAGACGAUACGAAAAUAGGUGAUUACACAAUUCCAAACAAUACUCGAGUUCAUAUUUUAAUAUUACUGUUGCAUCGAAAUCCAGCAAUUUGGCCAGAUCCGUUAAAAUUCGAUCCAGAUCGAUUUUUACCUGAAAACAUCAAAUCAAUGCAUCCGUACGCCUACAUACCAUUCAGCGCGGGACCAAGAAAUUGUAUCGGACAAAAAUUUGCUACGCUCGAAGAGAAAAUUAUAUUAACGGCUAUACUCAGAAAAUGGAGAAUAAAAUGCGUGGAAACUCCUGAGACAAUAAUUGUAAAAAAUACUAUUACUUUAGUGCCAGUUCACGGAAUACAUAUUAAAUUUAUCCCGAAAAAAUAAAUAUUAUAUAUCAAUUAUAGUUUAUGUGCGUUAGGUGAAUAUAAAUAAAUACAGUAAAAUCUC